UGGGUGUCGCUCCUGUCCCCAGUUAAAAUAGCCAACUGGCGUGAACAAUGGCUUCAGUUGGAGAAUAUAUAUAUAUAUGCAUAUUCAUUUGAUGAAUCAGUUAUUGCAAAGGACAAGGAGUCGGAAGAAUUAGCGCGUCAAUACACUGAAGAAGAGAACACGAGUGAGAAGUUAGGUUACUGCCACGUCUCUUCGGUGCAAUCCAUAAUAAGAAGCUAUGGCACUAGACUGUACAUCGCUGACAAAACUAACCCUUGUUUUAUGUGUGGCAGCAGCCCGUGGCUUUCCCCCAGUGAGCGGCUGCAGCGGUGCCUAUGGGAGGGCCAUUCCACCACUUAGCAGCUGCAGCGGUGCCUACGAGAGGGCCAUCUCUGACUUCUGUGUGACCAAGUUCAGUCUGGACAUGGAGGCCCUGGACCAGAGCCUGUGGUGCAGCUGGUCCGACACUUUUCAGCCUUACGAGGAACUGACCAACUGCACCUUUUUCGUGGCACUCAAGAUGCACUGCUUCUGGCCCAACCAGCUGAUAGACGAACUCUUCAUACACCUCCACCGGGACUACUUUCACGACUGCGCUCUGACCGGCAGGCUGCUUCAGGACCCUCCUAUACGUAUCUUGGGGCCUUUCAUUGGAGUGCCUGUGCUGGUCACUCUGCUCAUGACUGCCCUAGUGGUGUGGAGUGGUAAAUGCUGCCAGGGAAUCGUGUAACUGUCUCAUCCUGGGUGAAGGUGCCCCUGGGUACAGAAUACAGAUCUAGGAUCAGUUUUCCCUGCCAAAAUUCUAACUGAAUUAUUAGCGGAGGAAACGCAAAAUUGACCCGAGGCCAGCUUCUAGGGAUCAACCUGACCUCUUGGAGAACGAACUCCAGCUUAUCUGAUAGGGGAGACAUGAUGGAGGGGACACUGAACUGGGACAAACGACAAGCAGAGAUACCCAACAGCAUACUAAGAUUGUAAUCUUUCUGUGAUGUUUGUUGUUUGAUGGACACUGGUAGUAUGAGUUAAGGACCUCUCAGAAGCCUACUACUGAAACAAAGCAAAGGCUUUAGAUUGUACUGUGGCUCAUCGAUAACCCUAGAAAUUCCAAUUGAAAACAUGCAUUGUAUUAUUGUAAACCACAAAGUGUCCAACCAAGAGAGGGCUAAUGUGGUGUAGGGCAUGGAGGACAGAUAAUAAAUACCUCGUAUGUCAAAAUCAAUGCAACAACAUCUGUAAUGUAGCUUUGGACACCAGUCAAAGUCUUUACAUGAACUGAAUAGAUGUAUAGAAAGGGCUUCAUAGAAAAGGCUUUAUUUGAUCUAGACAGCCAUGCCCAGUAGCCACACCUUUUAAUCCAACAAAACAGGAAUAUACUUCAUCAGAAUAUGUUGUUUUAUAUUCUACCGUUUCACAAUGGAUUACAGAGCCAUUACCACUGCAUGUACUGUCCCUAUCGAUACAUGUGUCUGAUUAUUUAUUCAUUAUUAUCUAUUAAUGUGCAUUCUAAACAGAGAAAUAAAGAACAACAAAUACUAAUAUGAUAAAA